AUGAAGAUGAUCACAGAAAAUUUUGUUUUGCUUGUCAGAAAGAGAGCAGGAUCUUGCAGACAGGCCUUAACGUCUCUGCUGUCAUACCUCUGGGACGUUUACUCUGCACCUUCUCCUGCAGGCAGGGACAUCUUCACUCUGCUGUCUCUCUGUUUCACACUUGCCUGUGUUACUGGUGGCUUGCUUCACCACUGGCUGUCAAAGAGUCUGAGAUAUGAUUACGAAGCGUCGGUUCAAACUGUCAGUAUCUACAGCGUGAGCAUGUUUUUGGUCUCCUUCCUGUGUCAUCCCCUGCGCUGUGUGCUAACAAUGAUUCUUCCUACAGUCUGCACCAAACAAGGACGGAAACUCCUCAUCACGGCCUCUGUCAUGAUUUUGGUGCUGAAUGUCAUCCCUAAUAUCACAGUAAAUGUGGGGGCAGUGGCACGCAUCCUGAAAUGCACUGCUGAGGGUUUUGCAAAGACUUUAUUAAACUCAUCUGAACCUUUGAACAAAGCCAAGACAGACCUUGUUGAAGAAGCCAUCAAAGUAAAGUGGGAGGACUUGAGCAUUGUUACCAACUUAAGGACUUUGGAUCAUUACACGCAUAUUGAUGUGUCAGAUGUCAAAAGCAUGUUUACUAAGAUAAUUGGGAAGAUAGAGGUCAACUUCUCACAUGCCAGGAACCUCCUCAGAGAAUACAAACUGCUGUCAAACCGGAUUCUUGCUGCCGUCUUUGUUGCACUGCUGAUCGCUGAAUCUGCACGCUACUUGAAAUCUUAUCUGACAUCAGUUCAUUUUGAUAAUGGGUACAUUUCCAACGAGCUCUUGCAAAAAAUGCCAAUUAAUGAAAGGCCAGCUAAAAAUAAAAUCAAUCUUGAAAACUGUAAAGUAAUAAGUCAGGAAUGUUCCUCUUGUUUCCUAUCACUGAUUGUGGUGACUUUAUAUUUCAUUGCAAUAACCCUAAUAGUAGUUUUGGAUCAUGUUGUGUACUAUAUAGUUCAGAUGAUUGUGCCAUGGUUGCUGGAUUUUCCACCUACAUCUGCUGUUAUAAGUGUCAAUUAUAAGGUUCAGUGGUUCCCCCCUGCGUUUUGUAUUAUCCCACAAUCCUGCAUCAAACGGGAGCUGGUAAACUUCCACAGGGAUUACAAGUGGAAUUUCAGCCCUGGGCCAUCUCUCUGUGAUGUGACAACUUCAGCUCCAAACCUGGGAGUCACACUCCUGCUGGGAUGUCUCUGGCUGAUGAGCUACUUUCUGGUUUUCCUUGAGGUUUAUGCAAGGCGGCUACGCAGAAAAAUCUCUGCAUCCUUCUUCAGAAAGCAGGAGGAGACGAGAAUAGCUUACUUGAUGAGGAAAAUGCAUGUGAAGCAAAAUAAAAAACACAGAAAAGGGCACAUUUCUGUUCAUGUGCAAGUUUGA